AUGGUUAUGGGUGACGAUGUUGAAAGUGAUGAUGAAAAUGGAGUAACACAAAGACAAAGUGAUGAUGAAGAAUUUCAUGAAGAACAAACAUCUGAAGAAGAUGAUGAUGAUGAAGAUGAAGGUUUAGAUGUUGAUGAUGAUCAUUCAUCCGGUGUAUUAAGUGAUGAAGAAGAAUGGACAACAAGUGGUACUAAACAAGAACAUGAUCGAACAUUAGGUUUAGCUGCAACAUUAGGUUCAAUGUCAAGUGAAAUGCUUGAUGGUUUUAGUUUAUGGGCUAUGAAAUAUCGUGCACGUCAUCGAACUAUGACACUUGAUGAUAAACGUCUUUAUCGUACAUGGAAAAAAAUGAGUGCACAUGAUCGACAACGUUGGUGUCUUAAAGCUGAAAAAGAAAGUUAUCAUUAUCCAAUAACAGCUGAAUUAUUAAAAGCAUCAACUAGUACUGAACCAACAACAUCACCACCACCGCCACCACCGCCAUCAUCAACAUCAACAACAACAACAACAAAAACUACAAAAUCAACAAAACGAAAAAAGCCUAUCGAUGAUCAUCCACCAUUACUUUUACAAAAAACUUUAAAUCAAUAUUCUAAACAACAACCAUCAUUAUCAGCGAUACGACCACCAAACGCUUUUAUUAAACAAACAAUAACAUCACCAAUAAUUACACCACCAAAAAAUUAUGAUAUUGUUGAUAUAGCUGCUGGAAUUUAUUUACUUGGUGAAUCAUUAACAAAAAUGGGUGAAAAAGUUCGACAAUUAGGUCAUCUUAAUCCUCGUGGUACAUCAGCAGCAACAUCAAUUGAUAAUCUUUCAGCUAUUCUUUUUGAUGGAACAUUAUGUGCAUGUAAUUUAAUGGCUUGUCUUGGUAAUGAAAUAAUAUCAACAAAUUCAUCAACAUCAAAAUCAGAUCCAUUAACAAAUAAACUUAUGGAAAAUGUUGGAAUUAUCUUACCUGGACUUAAUUAA